UGAAGCAGCAUAUUUGGCUCUUUGUGCAGACGACAGUGCUAUCUACCAUCAGACAGCAUGAGAGCCCUUGUCCUGUUGGUGUGCCUGUCGGUGGGCUGCCUUGCUCAGAGACCACGGAAAUGCACAUCCCCACCACUGCUGACUGGAAGCUUCUCUGUGUCCACCCAAAGCGAGAGGCUCAUGGCCUUUGGCAAGUACAGCUAUGAUGCACUGGGAAAGCGCAUCCGCCUCAGAGAGAUUGGAUCUUAUAACAACCAGACCUUCCACUUUGAUGCACUUCUACUCUACAGACAGGGUGUUAUGUAUAAGAUUAACUACAGUAACCGCACAUGCUGCAAGAAGCCACUGGGUGUAGACUUCCACCCGCUGGAGAUCCCUCAGAAUGCUUCCCUGCUGGGACAGGCUGUGUUGGGGAGCUCCUCUGGUCCCGCACAGGGAGUCCUGGUCAACACGUGGGCGGGAGAACUGCUGCUGAAAAGGGGAGCAGCGAAGUACAUGAGCACUGUCACUGAGUUUGGAUGUAUUCCUGUCAGCACUCUGUUUCAUACCAGUGGAAAUGGAUGGGUGGUGACCAGCUUCUUCAACAAUGUCAUCGGACUUGUGGACCCUCAGCUGCUCAUCCCUCCACCUUUCUGUAAGGAUGCCCAGCUGGAGGAAGAGGAUGGAGAGGAGCCAGUGACCUUCUUCAGCUUAUUUUAAAGCAGGCUAUUUGCAGGAAUGUAGCACACUGCUCGUUAUAUGACUGCUCGGUAUGACUCUUUGCACUGUAUUAUUACUUGUUUUAGUGGCCUCCGUUGCUGUAGCAGCAUUUGUGAGCAAACUGCGGGUAAAAUUAAUGCCAUUAAGCAAUCAGUUCUAAUUAAUGCAUUUCUGGUGUCUUUGAUAUUUUAUUUGAGUGUGCGAUCAAUAAAUUGUCAGUGGUGUUUUAUUACAAAUGCAGAUGAAGUGAGACAUGAAACAUCUAACAUUAGAAAGUUUUGGUUUAGUUCAGUUUAUGACACCAUCAAGAUGUGGUGCAGACAAACAGUGUUGGGAUUUAAAAGCUGUAUGAAUCUCACAAGACAGAGGACAGUGAGUUUAUGCGCCUACAGCAAUGUCCCACACAUCAGCCAACCCACCCACACACUCACAAAAACAAGACAUCCAACUGUUUCAGAGGACGUUCUCACAAUAGUUCAUUUUUUAAACUGACUCAAACCUCUUGAUUCUUGAGGAACAGAGAGGCAGCCUUUGUUAAUUAUGGCCAAAAACUCUGGACAGCCUCCCUGAAGGUCUGAGGAGUUUAAAAUCUGUUGGCAAGUUCAAACAAAAUCUUAGACACAUCUUUCUAACUCUCCUGGAUUCUGUUUAUUUAGCUCGUCUUAUCCUGUUGUAUUAAUUUCACUUUCUUUGAUUUUCAUUGUUUUCAUUGUUUUAUCACAUUAUCAUUUGCUUUUAUGUUGCAUUUAAUUAAUGAAACAUGCUAUAUAAAUCAAGUUUAUUAUCAUUA